GUUGCCGCGUUGGUGGUGGACAACGGCAGCGGCAUGUGCAAGGCCGGCUUCGCGGGCGACGACGCUCCGCGCGCGGUCUUCCCCUCCAUCGUGGGCCGCCCCAAGAUGCCGGGCAUCAUGGUGGGCAUGGACCAGAAGGACCUUACUGCAACAGAGGGUGUCCUCACUCUGAAGUACCCCAUCGAACACGGCAUUGUUACCAACUGGGAUGACAUGGAGCCUCGGAAAUCUGUCACCCUUCGAUCGCAGCAGAACUGCGCAUACCCGGAACAGGAGAAGAUCUGGCACCACACUUUCUACAACGAGCUGCGCGUCGCCCCAGAGGAACAUCCUGUUCUGUUGACAGAGGCCAACCGCGAGCGUAUGACGCAGAUCAUGUUCGAGACCUUCAACGUACCGGCCAUGUACGUAGCCAUCCAGGCCGUUCUGUCCCUCUACGCCUCCGGGCGAACCACCGGCAUUGUCAUGGACCAUGACAGCGGCGACGGCGUGUCGCACACCGUGCCCAUCUACGAGGGCUACGCCCUGCCCCACGCCAUCCUCCGACUGGACUUGGCCGGCCGUGACCUCACGGAGUACAUGAUGAAGAUCCUGACCGAGCGCGGCUACUCCUUCACCACCACGGCGGAGCGUGAGAUU